AUGGUUUUCGCUACAAGAGUUAAAAUAGUAGUCUGUGCUAUAUGUUGUCUAUUUGAGGUCCUGAAAAUGUCAGACUCAUUUGAACCGCAGGAGAAUAACUCGAUAGAGGUAGCUCUCAUCCCCGAAAGCAAGCUGUGUGGAAAUGUCGGGGAGACGGAGAGGGCAGGAAUGGCUCAGGGUUGUUCCUUGUUCUGCGGCAUGGGAAGCAGUGGAGAGUUAACCAUCGGGGAUUUAGCAGACGGCGAGACGUCGGGAACUACGCUAAGUGGCCCCUAUUCAGACUUUGCAUGGGAGGAGGUUUCGCUCAACAUGAAAAAUGUCAGCAGCUCCAGGCUGUUGGCUGUUAGUUCACAGUGUGACCUGAGGCUGUUGGAGGUGAGAUCAGAUGGAUCUGGCUCUGUUUCUCUGGCCUGCAUUUGUGAGUGCUCUGCAGACCGUUUGGUACAGAUGGUCACAGACGAGGACCAUAGUGUGUCUGAGCUGGUUUCCCUGAGGCUGCUGUCCUUCGCAGAUGGACGAUAUCUCCUCUUGAUCAACAGCAGCCUGGUGCUGCAGAUGUUGUGGGAGCCAGGCGCGGAGGAAGUGCAGAGCCUGUCCUGCUGUACUCUGCAGCUGCCUGAGACAGCCAGGAACGCAGCCUCUCACGUCAGUCUCCGCAGGGGAACCCUGUUUGUUCUCACCACCAGCGGAAUCAUAUAUAUGUUUGACAGCGCAGAGGGCACCCAGCUGGCCAGUAUGGACCUCCCCGCUUACCUGAGCUCUGGGCUGGGAGAAGAGGAGCUCCCCCGCCCCUCGUCUUUCUCCCUUUUCCAGGUGUCCGCUGAUCUCAGUACUGGAGUAGCUGCCACUCGCUCCCAGGCCGCUGUGGCUGUCGACCUCAACCAUUACUUCAGGAGCUUCCCAGACCACCUGUUGUGUGGUGAGACCCCCAGCCAGCCCACCCUCAAGCCCCUGCAGUCCAAGGACCAGGAUAGCGUGUCCAGCUCCACCUGGAGCCAAGCUGCACUGGGCAUGUGCUUCAGCACUGACCGCUCAUGGGAAGCACGGCUGGCCUCCAUGUACAACAAAGCCCAGGCCCCAUCUUCUCCCUCCCAGCCUGCUGGUUCUCCCUGGUUUUCAGGCUUCCCUCACCCAGAGUGCUCCCAGGCCCUCAAUGCAUCCCGGCUCUCCCAGAGCAGAGUACCACCCGGAGGGGCCAUUGUCACCUUCUCUGUCCCCGAGUCGGCUUCUCCGUGUCUUCUCUCUGUCUCCGAGUUCUCCACCACUCUGACCUUCACCUGCCCCAGCAAACGCCAGAGCACAGUGGCCUUGUGGGAUUUUCAGUCCCAGUGUGUGAGCUACCACAGGGCCGAGAAGGAGGCCGUGCCUGUGCAGCUCUCUGGAGAACAUCAGCUCAGUCUCCUGCUAAAAAAGAGCGGUUUAUCCCAGGUGCUGUUCGGCGUCUCUCAGCAGGAUCUCCUCAGCAGGCUGAUGGUGUUUGGCAGUGCGGCGACCGUUGACGCUCUGUGUCACCUCAACGCCUGGGGGCGCUGUUCAAUCCCCCUCCACUCUCUGCAGGCAGGGGUGAAGAACCGUCAGCUGGACACAGUGGACUUCUUCCUGAAGAGCAAAGAAAGCAUCCUGAAUGUUCACACGGAAUCUAGUCCAUCUGAUCAGCCAGCUGUCUCCACACUCAGCCUCCUCAACAGCAUCGAGGAGCUGUGUCCAGCCCUUGACCUGCUGUGUUCGGCCAUCAGGGACUCUCACAGCGAGGCACAGGGGAAGCAGUUCGCAGAACAACUUCUCGGUAUCACAGUAAACUUCCUCAACAGACUGCUCCGCUCACUUCUCUCCGGUACACAGGAGCUGGAUGCAAGCUUGCAGAGCUGCGUGGACAUCCUUGAUGUAUACAUCACUGAAUUGAGGCGUUACAUGCGGCGGUUCCCCUGGCGAGCAGGGAACGACGUGUCGAGCACUGACUCACUGGCAUCUACUCAGGACCACACACAGGGGAAGGCAUGGGACCUCCUCACUACAGAGGAGGUGGUCCAGCAGGCUAUUCUCAGUGGCCAGAUCCCCAGGGCACAAGCCUACCUGCGGCGCUGUAACAGACCAGAGCAAACGAUGGAAGAGCUCAGGAGGGUGGGUCUGCGUCAGGCCUUCUCCUGCCUGGUCCACAGAGAGUUGCCACAGGCCAGCGCCCUCCUCAGGAACAUGGGUUUCAACGUGAAGAAACAGCUUCACAGUAUCUGCAUGUACACCCACGAUAAGGACCUCAGGGAGUUUGUGGUGGAGGAGCUGUCCAGGCGGAGCUAUUUCUCUGAGGAGGAGAAGCAGAGAGUCAUGUUCAUCCGAGAGAUGGAGAGGCUGGGUUCUCUCCCUGCAACCCGCUGCAUUUCGCCCACCACCACAUCCAGGUUCCUGGAGAUGGCCCAGACUAGUCAAAGUCAUAAGGAGGUUCUGGAGGAGCUUGUCAGAGAAAGGAUGUCUCAGGAUGAAGCAGGCCUAUGGAGCUGCCUCAGGCUGGACUGGGUCCAGCACUGGGAACCGAACACACAGACCACCAUCCUCCUGUCUCGACUCCAGGACACAGGGAGUUCCUGUGAUGCGGCGGUUCUGUGGUACUAUCUGACCUCCCUCCAUGACCAGCAACGGCUAGUUUGCUGGAUCAAAACCACAGAGGACUCUGGCAAUCCACAGUGGCCGGAGCUAACCCCAGAAAUGGUCAGCACCAAUACUGCCUGCAGCAGCUACCUUAGGGAGCUCAUCCUUUACCUGCUGGCCAGAGGAGGCCUGUUCACCCAGGCAGAGAUGGCUGACUUUGAGCUGCUGCUGUGGAGGCUUGGCCAGGCAGGGGGCGUAAUGGCUGCCAGCCCUCCUGUCCCCCAGUACCGCUCUCCCAACGGCCUGGACUUCCACAGUCAGGUGGUCACCUACUGUCUGGACAACAACCUGCAGUACCUGCUCUAUACCUACUUGGAACAUUACAGGCUGACACCUAGAAACUGCCCCAUCCUGAGCAGUAAGACUCUGUAUGAGAACCAGCCGUGGUUUGAGAUGUUGGUGAAAGUCCAGGAGAUUACCAGGGAUCUCUCAGAUCCGAGGAGAGUGUUUGAGACUAGUGUAACCAGUGCCCAGGUCCUGCUCCCAGGGGGCCAGACGUCAGUCAGCAGUCUGCUACUGGAGGGGCACAGCCUGCUGGCACUGGCCACCAUCAUGUUCGCCCCGGGGGGAAUUGACCAGGUGUUGAGUCAAGGGGAGACAGUGGGUAGGUCUGCCUGUAGGGUGGAUGCCCAGGUACUGAAGAUGGCCCUGGCCCCAUACCCCAAACUCAGGAGUGCCCUUUUCCCAUCUGGGGGUGGCCGGGGAAACAGCCUCUCCUCUGAUGUCUCCAUCUACCACCUGAUGCAGUCUCUCCAUCCUCUGGACCCAUCUCGGCUGUUUGGCUGGCAGGCUGCCAACACGCUCCGAUUCACUGAGUCCUCAGAGCUACCUCAUUUCUCCAGCCCUCACCUUGUGAACAAGUAUGCCCUGAUUGAGAAUCUGGACUCUUUGUACUACCUGCGUCACGGGCGGCCCUCCUUUGCCUAUGCAACCUUUCUCAUUCAACACUUGGAUGGCUGUGCUGAUGUCAAGAUACUCCUCAGCCAGGCAGCGCAGCAGGCCUACAACCUCACCAUGCUUCACUUCAACCUGCCCUCUGUAACCACUGCCUGCGUGUGUUUCUGUGAACUACUGGGAGUGUGUAGCCUCCGACUGCGAGUGGACCUGAGAGCCUUGGGACUUAUCCUACAACACUGGAACCAGACCCGGUCCAGUCAGACUGGACUGGAUCAGCAUGUACAGACUCUGGUGGCUAAAGCCAGUAAGCUGUUGGAGGCAGAGUCCGGAGCAGCAGAGGAGCUGAUUGGUUACCUGGAGGCAGCUGUGAUGGACAGCUUGGAAAAAAGGGGUAUUAGAAGGUCAUCUUAUGAGGCAGGACAUGAAUGGGCAGUUCCGGUCCAGUUCUGCCAGCUCCACUCCUUGACCCUGAGCUCUGUUUAUCCCGCCCACUGUGCUGCUGAUGGACAGUGGAUCUACUUCCUGUUGUUUGUCCAGUUGCACAGCUUCCCCCCUCAACAGGUAAGGGCCCUGGCAGCUCAGUUUAGCCCCAGCCUCCAGGCCCACCUGACAUUGGCCUUUGAGGACCUCCAGGUUCAUAACCAAUGGAGGAACUCUGGACCAGAGCAGCAAGUCGGGGCCCAAGGAGACACAGAGAGGUUGGCCAGAUAUGAGGCCCCAGAAGAGCGGCCUAGGGAGCUGUUUCAGGUGCUCCUGCAGAGCCAGGAAGAGACGAGUCCAUGGAGGCACCUCCUCAGAGAGGCGCUGGAACUACGCUGCUCUACAUUAACCAUACUGGCUGCCUGUCACCAGGAGGCAGACCUUCUCCAAUGCCUUUGUGUGUGGGUGCUUACCUCCAUCGAUGAGGUCACAGCUAGGGAGGCCAGCACUCACUUGGACGAGGCCCCCCGACACCAUGAGUGGAACCUGCAUGACCUGUCAAUCAUCUGGAAGACACUUCUGGGGCGGGGCCAGAUUAGGCCACUUCUACGGGGCUUCCAGUUCUUUCAGAGGGAUUGCCCUCUCAUCCAGGUGCUGCUGAUGUUUGAGCUGUGUUGUGAUUACAGGAAGUACCCUGAGGCCAAGGCCAAGCUUCUGGACUUCCAGAAAAGUCUGAUCACGUUGAGGAGCAGUGCCUCUGUGGCUCCAGGAGGCCUCCCUCUGCAGUGGGUGGAGUGCCAGGCCUCAGUGCUCCUCCUCACCAUGAUGCAGCGCUGCUCCUCCCAGUAUGACCUCCACAAGUUGCUCCAGCUCUUGGCCGAGGUGGAGAGACUCCUCAAGUCAAAUGGUCCAGACUUUAAGCAGCUGAGUCAGCUCAGUGAGUUGGUCCAGGGCACCUCGGUGUCCGUGUCCCCCAGGUUGCUGCAGAGCUGCUCCCCUGAGGUGGAGCGGGCAGAGUACCAGGACAUGGUGCUCCAGCUGCAGGCCAGGGGGCUCUUCAACCAGGCCAGGCAGGUGGCCGAGCUGGCUGGCCUGCCCAUCGACAGCCUGCUCAUCAGUCAGUUGCUCCAGGAUGUGACAACCCAGAAGGCCAAGCAGCAGUGGAGCAGGAUGGAGACACGUGUCAGUUUCUGGAAGAAAUGCCACGACCAGUUCAAGACCCACAGCACUGACCCAGAGUCAGCCUCUCAGUUUUUCCUGUCCCAGGCAGAGGUUACGGGAGCCCCGUCAGAGCUGCUCAGCAUCCAGGAGAGGUGCCUCCUGCUCUGUCUGGCCGGCCACUGGCUUUCCCUGCUCCACCAUCUUCCCGUUGCUCGUCUGGAGGCUCUGGAGAAGCAGCUGUGGACCAGUCGGCUCCAUCAGCAGGUCCUCCUAUUUGCGAUGGAGAAGGAGAGCGUGUUCAACCUGCCAGCGCCGGCUGUCAGUCCUGAACUGAACUCAUAUGAGGUGCUUAUGAAAGAAUUCUCCUUCUCCAACAUUUCUGCCCUGAAUCAGGACAAACACCUUAGACUGCCAGGUCCCUCUGAUGAGCAGAAGAGUGACUCAGAAUUGGGACCAGAGGAGCGGAGUUUUCUGGCCUCUCUGGUUGACCAGCUGUUGGAUGAGGGUGGGAUCUACGAGGCCAGCCGGGUCUGUUGGUACUUCUCUCUGUUUCACCGGAACAUGUGCCUGGUGCUGCACUGCCGCGGCUUGGCCUCCGGGGAGCUGGACCCUCAACCGCAGGAAGUGACCUCAGAGGCCACGUCCAGGGGGAGUGUUGCUAGCUCUUCAUCGCCCAGCAGUCUGUCCUCCUUUGUGAUGGUGCCCCUCCCUGAGGACCAGGUGGUUGGCCACCUCCAAUCACUGGUCAGUGAGUGUUGCCACGGCAACAACUACUGCAAGCAGGUCCUCAGCCUCUACCAGCUCUCCAAGGAGCUGCAGUGUUCAUUUAGAGAGAUCUCCAAGGAGGAUCCUCAGGUGGUGCUUGGGAAACUGCUGCUAUCCAACCAGCCGGAGCGCUUCAAAAAAGCCCAGGCCUUCAUCCGGGCGCAGGGCCUGACAUCGGAAUCCGUAGCCCAGCUGGUUUCUUCUGCUGUGGCCCAGGGCCUGCUGGCUGCUGCCCAGGAGUCAGAACCAGUUGAGAGGCAGGUUUACAGGCCAUCCGAUGGGAGAGAAGUUUUCCUCCAGCUGGUCAGAUUGUGUGAUGACCCCAACCUGGUGGGGAUUAAGCUGCUGGAGCACCUCUCCACAGUACCACUGAGAGACCUGGAGUGUACUGUGGAGCUGUUGAUUCUGGCCCAUGACUGUUUCAGUGUGACCUGUAACAUGGAGGGCAUAGUCAGGGUCCUGCAGGCUGCGCGCCAUCUCAGUCACGCCCACCUGGCCCCCAGUGAACACUAUGGCCUCCUGGUGCGUUUGUUGACAGGUAUCGGCAGGUAUAAUGAGAUGACCUACAUCUUCGACCUGCUCCAUCAGAACCACCGCUUUGAGAUCCUGCUUAGGAAGAAACUGGAGACUGACCGAGGACAGAGCUCCGGCCUGAAGACUGCUCUGCUGGACUACAUAAAGCGUUGUUUGCCGGGAGACAGUGAGAAACACAACAUGGUGGCGCUGUGCUUCAGCAUGCGACGGGAGAUCGGGGAGAACCAUGAGAUGGCUGCCCGCACACAGCUAAAAAUCAUCGAGUCACAACCUUGGGUCGUAACCUCUGAACUUAAGAGCGCCCUGCAGAAGGUCCUGGCUCUGCUUAAGGAUGCUGCGGAGAGCUACUCUAAGGACUCGUGCGUGCGCCAGGCUGCCAGUUGUGUUAGAAUGGCCAAGCUGGUUCUGCUGCAACUCCACUUCCUGAACCAUGACUCAGACCAGCGUGUCAUCAACCUCCUCCCUUCAGAGCUGCUCAGCACCAUUGUGACUCUGCCGCGAUGCUACCAGGUGUUUGUUGUCUCUGAAGCAUAUAACUACAGCCCUGACUGGGCGGAGGUCCUGUACCAAAAGGUCAUCCUGAACGGGGACUUUGUUUACCUGGAGGAGCUAAAACGACACCGGCCACUCACCGCUGGCCUGUUUGAGGACAUCUCCAAAAAACUCAGUGUGUCCAGACCGCCGGGCAGCGCCACUCAGAAUCUGAAGCGUCUGUUGGGCCACUGUGACGACAUCUACACCCAGUACCGGCUAGCCUACCACCACCAGCUCCACGACCUGGCCAACAUGCUGCUGCAAGACGCCAAGACCUCCAGCUACCUCAGCGACAAGCUGGGGAGCUGACUCCAUCUUCUGUCCACUGGCUGACUGUCUUUUGUAUUUCACCGGCUGACAGUUUGACUGACUGAACUGCUGCCAGCCUGCACCUUAAUCAGCCAGGACGCUAUGCCGCUGUACCAGUUAAUGCGAGGCCCAGUAAACGGAACAGAAAAAUCUGAAAUCUUUCUGAUGAAAAGAGGGUUUUUUUCUCUAAAACAUCUUCUGUGGAGAUGAAUGGAAUAAACUCACUAGUUUUUUUUCCUCUCACAAAAUCAGUGAAUAGAAUAAAUGAUCUGUUGAUCAAAUGAAAAUGACUUGAAUAUAUUCGGAGUCUUUGAACGUCCAUCCAGCCAGU